AUCACAAGGCCUUAGGCCUAUAUAUCACAAGGCCUUAGGCCUAUAUAUCACAAGGCCUUAGGCCUAUCUAUCACAAGGCCUUAGGCCUAUAUAUCACAAUGUCAAGGCCUUAGGCCUAUAUAUCACAAUGUCAAGGCCUUAGGCCUACAUAUCACAAGGCCUUAGGCCUACAUAUCACAAGGCCUUAGGCCUAUCUAUCACAAGGCCUUAGGCCUAUCUAUCACAAUGCCUUAGGCCUAUAUAUCACAAUGUCAAAGCCUUAGGCCUAUAUAUCACAAUGUCAAGGCCUUAGGCCUACAUAUCACAAGGCCUUAGGCCUAUAUAUCACAAGGCCUUAGGCCUAUAUAUCACAAGGCCUUAGGCCUAUAUAUCACAAGGCCUUAGGCCUAUCUAUCACAAGGCCUUAGGCCUAUCUAUCACAAUGUCAAGGCCUUAGGCCUAUAUAUCACAAUGUCAAGGCCUUAGGCCUAUAUAUCACAAGGCCUUAGGCCUAUCUAUCACAAGGCCUUAGGCCUAUAUAUCACAAUGUCAAGGCCUUAGGCCUAUCUAUCACAAGGCCUUAGGCCUACAUAUCACGAUGUCAAGGCCUUAGGCCUAUCUAUCACAAGGCCUUAGGCCUACAUAUCACGAUGUCAAGGCAUAUGAACUAACAGGUUAUAGAGCAAAUAAUGCAAUUGUCACAAUACAUAGGUUGUAAUAUGGUAUUUUUGGGGGGUGGGAAGGCUUGGCUUCCCCACACGUGCACAUACACUACAUACACACACACAUAUAACAAACACACACGUGCACACACACACAUACACACUAUCACACUCAUCACAUGUUCAAUUAAAUGUGAUGUAAUUUCUUUCAUGUUUUUGUUCUCUUUCCACAGGUGGGUGUCAUCUCUAGAAUCAUCUCCUCUCCAGAAUCAUCUCCUCUCCAGAAUCGUCUCCUCUCCAGAAUCAUUUCCUCUCUAGAAUCAUCUCCUCUCUAGAAUCGUCUCCUCUCCAGAAUCGUCUCCUCUCCAGAAUCGUCUCCUCUCCAGAAUCGUCUCCUCUCCAGAAUCGUCUCCUCUCCAGAAUCGUCUCCUCUCCAGAAUCGUCUCCUCUCCAGAAUCAACUCCUCUCUACAGUACCUGGUCUACUAAGGUGAUCCAUCACAACCAACCACCACCCAGCAGGUCCAUGCAGUGUCAUCACACUGAGGAGACAGUACAGCCAACUGUCUGAACCAAACCUCACUAGACAUUUCAGCCAACUGUCUGAACCAAAGCUGAAACAUUUCAGCUAACUGUCUGAACCAAAGCUGAAACAUUUCAGCUAACUGUCUGAACCAAAGCUGAAACAUUUCAGCUAACUGUCUGAACCAAAGCUGAAACAUUUCAGCUAACUGUCUGAACCAAAGCUGAAACAUUUCAGCUAACUGUCUGAACCAAAGCUGAAACAUUUCAGCUAACUGUCUGAACCAAAGCUGAAACAUUUCAGCUAACUGUCUGAACCAAAGCUGAAUCAUUUCAGCUAACUGUCUGAACCAAAGCUGAAACAUUUCAGCUAACUGUCUGAACCAAAGCUGAAACAUUUCAGCUAACUGUCUGAACCAAAGCUCUGACACUGCUCCUGAUCUAUUCUGAAACACCCUGUUCUGAUCUGAUCGACUGUGGACGUUGCUCUGACACUGUCUGUGGUCUCCAUAAUGAAUGAUGGCUCAGCUCUCCCCUCCAACCACACAGACUGUCAGGUGGUGAAGGUCCCCCACCUGGCGUUCUUCGUGUUGGGUAUGGUGUCUCUCAGUGAGAACCUGUUGGUGGUGGCGGCCGUGGUGCGCAACAAGAACCUCCACUCCCCGAUGUACAUGUUUAUCUGUAGCCUGGCCACGUUCAACACCAUCUCCUCCCUCUCCAAGACCUGGGAGACCGUGAUGAUGGUGUUCAGCGACGUCGGACACCUGGACUCCCGAGGGGACUCCGUCCGGAGGGUGGACGACGUCAUAGACGCACUGCUCUGCAUGUCCUUUAUCGGUUGUAUCUGUAGCUUCCUGGCCAUCGCCGUGGACCGCUACGUCACCAUCUUCCACGCGCUGCGCUACCACAACAUCAUGACCAUGAGGCGAGCCGCCGCCGCCCUGGCGGGGAUCUGGGCGCUGUGCGGCGUCGCCGGGACGGUCAUGGUGGCGUUCUGUGACGCCAUGGUCAUCAAGAUCCUUUUCAUCGUGCUCUUCCUCGUCUCGUUGCUCCUCAUCCUCUUCCUCUACGUCCACAUGUUCCUGCUGGCUCGGUCCCACGCCAGGAAGAUUGCGGCGCUGCCUGGGAGUGCCAUGCCGCACCGCAGCCUCCGGGGGGCGCUCACGCUCACCAUGCUGUUCGGGGUGUUUGUGGUGUGCUGGGCGCCUUUCUUCCUCCAUCUCCUCCUCCUCAUGGUGUGUGUUGAGAACCCUUACUGUGAGUGCUACCGUUCUCUGUUCCAGCUGAAUUUGGUUCUGCUGAUGAGUCACGCCGUGAUAGACCCAGCCAUCUACGCCUUCCGCAGCGCAGAGCUACGACACACCUUCAGGAAGAUGCUGCUCUGCUCAGACUCACCACUCUGCUACGAGGUCAAAGCUCUGUUCCACUGAGGGGCUUUGGCUGCACCACUCUGCUACGAGGUCAAAGCUCUGUUCCACUGAGGGGCUUUGGCUGCACCACUCUGCUACGAGGUCAAAGCUCUGUUCCACUGAGGGGCUUUGGCUGCACCACUCUGCUACGAGGUCAAAGCUCUGUUCCACUGAGGGGCUUUGGCUGCACCACUCUGCUACGAGGUCAAAGCUCUGUUCCACUGAGGGGCUUUGGCUGCACCACUCUGCUACGAGGUCAAAGCUCUGUUCCACUGAGGGGCUUUGGCUGCACCACUCUGCUACGAGGUCAAAGCUCUGUUCCACUGAGGGGCUUUGGCUGCACCACUCUGCUACGAGGUCAAAGCUCUGUUCCACUGAGGGGCUUUGGCUGCACCACUCUGCUACGAGGUCAAAGCUCUGUUCCACUGAGGGGCUUUGGCUGCACCACUCUGCUACGAGGUCAAAGCUCUGUUCCACUGAGGGGCUUUGGCUGCACCACUCUGCUACGAGGUCAAAGCUCUGUUCCACUGAGGGGCUUUGGCUGUACCACUCUGCUACGAGGUCAAAGCUCUGUUCCACUGAGGGGCUUUGGCUGCACCACUCUGCUACGAGGUCAAAGCUCUGUUCCACUGAGGGGCUUUGGCUGCACCACUCUGCUACGAGGUCAAAGCUCUGUUCCACUGAGGGGCUUUGGCUGCACCACUCUGCUACGAGGUCAAAGCUCUGUUCCACUGAGGGGCUUUGGCUGCACCACUCUGCUACGAGGUCAAAGCUCUGUUCCACUGAGGGGCUUUGGCUGCACCACUCUGCUACGAGGUCAAAGCUCUGUUCCACUGAGGGGCUUUGGCUGCACCACUCUGCUACGAGGUCAAAGCUCUGUUCCACUGAGGGGCUUUGGCUGCACCACUCUGCUACGAGGUCAAAGCUCUGUUCCACUGAGGGGCUUUGGCUGCACCACUCUGCUACGAGGUCAAAGCUCUGUUCCACUGAGGGGCUUUGGCUGCACCACUCUGCUACGAGGUCAAUGCUCUGUUCCACUGAGGGGCUUUGGCUGUACCCUAUUCCCUAGAUAAUGCACAACUUUCCACCUUGACCCCGUGGGCCUUGGUUAAAGGUAGGGCACUAUAUGGGGAAUAGGGCCUUGGUUAAAGGUAGAGCACUAUAUGGGGAAUAGGGCUUUGGUUAAAGGUAGAGCACUAUAUGGGGAAUAGGGCCUUGGCUAAAGGUAGAGCACUGUAUGGGGAAUAGGGCCUUGGCUAAAGGUAUGGCACUAUAUGGGGAAUAGGGCCUUGGUUAAAGGUAGGGCACUAUAUGGGGAAUAGGGCCUUGGUUAAAGGUAGGGCCCUAUAUGGGGAAUAGGGCCUUGGUUAAAGGUAGUUCCCUAUUAGGGGGAUAGGGCCUUGGUUAAAGGUAGAGCACUAUAUGGGGAAUAGGGCCUUGGUUAAAGGUAGGGCACUAUAUGGGGAAUAGGGCCUUGGUUAAAGGUAGGGCCCUAUAUGGGGAAUAGGGCCUUGGUUAAAGGUAGGACACUAUAUGGGGAAUAGGGCCUUGGUUAAAGGUAGGGCACUAUAUGGGGAAUAGGGCCUUGGUUAAAGGUAGGGCCCUAUAUGGGGAAUAGGGCCUUGGUUAAAGGUAGUUCCCUAUAUGGGGAAUAGGGCCUUGGUUAAAGGUAGGGCGCUAUAUGGGGAACAGGGCCUUGGUUAAAAGUAGGGCCCUAUAUGGGUUUUAUUGACACCCUGCACUGUUUGUCUUUCAUGUUGACAUCUCAGCCAUGCUGCUUGACAGCUUUCGGGUCUGUUACAACAAUCAGAUCCCAGCUCAUCUCAGAUAUCAGAGUUGAUUCAAACAAGAGACACCUGGGCAUUUUCAGAUGGAUCACAAGUGCUUAUAUAAAUAAAUACAUGUUAAACUUGGACAAUAAGGCAUUUUAUUUACAUGUGCAGAGAACAUCGGUACUGAAGUCCACAGUACAUACAGGAAACAUUAUAUUCCAUGGAGAUCAUCAUGUCAACAAUAAUUUCCAUAAAGUCCACAAUUUGUAAAUCACACUGUCUGUAUGGGAACUGAGGAUGAUCUGUCAACCGUACAUGUAAAUCACACUGUCUGUAUGGGAACUGAGGAUGAUCUGUCAACCGUACAUGUAAAUCACACUGUCUGUAUGGGAACUGAGGAUGAUCUGUCAACCGUACAUGUAAAUCACACUGUCUGUAUGGGAACUGAGGAUGAUCUGUCAACCGUACAUUUAAAUCACACUGUCUGUAUGGGAACUGAGGAUGAUCUGUCAACCGUACAUUUAAAUCACACUGUCUGUAUGGGAACUGAGGAUGAUCUGUCAACCGUACAUGUAAAUCACACUGUCUGUAUGGGAACUGAGGAUGAUCUGUCAACCGUACAUUUAAAUCACACUGUCUGUAUGGGAACUGAGGAUGAUCUGUCAACCGUACAUUUAAAUCACACUGUCUGUAUGGGAACUGAGGAUGAUCUGUCAACCGUACAUUUAAAUCACACUGUCUGUAUGGGAACUGAGGAUGAUCUGUCAACCGUACAUUUAAAUCACACUGUCUGUAUGGGAACUGAGGAUGAUCUGUCAACCGUACAUUUAAAACACACUGUCUGUAUGGGAACUGAGGAUGAUCUGUCAACCGUACAUUUAACUCACACUGUCUGUAUGGGAACUGAGGAUGAUCUGUCAACCGUACAUUUAACUCACACUGUCUGUAUGGGAACUGAGGAUGAUCUGUCAACCGUACAUUUAAAUCACACUGUCUGUAUGGGAACUGAGGAUGAUCUGUCAACCGUACAUUUAAAUCACACUGUCUGUAUGGGAACUGAGGAUGAUCUGUCAACCGUACAUUUAACUAUAUACAGAAUAGAUAACUACUGUAUAUUAUACUUUACAUUUAACUAUAUACAGAAUAGAUAACUACUGUAUAUUAUACUGUACAUUUAACUAUAUACAGAAUAGAUAACUACUGUAUAUUAUACAGAAUAGAUAAGUACUGUAUAUUAUACAGUAUGUAUAACGAUAUACAGAAUAGAUAACUACUGUAUAUUAUACAGUAUGUAUAACGAUAUACAGAAUAGAUAACUACUGUAUAUUAUACAGUAUGUAUAACUAUAUACAGAAUAGAUAACUACUGUAUAUUAUACAGUAUGUAUAACUAUAUACAGAAUAGAUAACUACUGUAUAUUAUACAGUAUGUAUAACUAUAUACAGAAUAGAUAACUACUGUAUAUUAUACUGUAUGUAUAACUAUAUACAGACUAGAUAACUACUGUAUAUUAUACUGUAUGUAUAACUAUAUACAGAAUAGAUAACUACUGUAUAUUAUACUGUAUGUUUACUACAGUACAUUCGGAAAGUAUUCAGACCCCUUCCCUUUUGACACAUUUUGUUACAUUACAGCAUUAUUCUAAAAUUGAUUAAAUUAUUUUUUUCCUUAUCAAUCUACACACAUUACCCCAUAAUGCAAAACAGGUUUUUUGAAAUGUUUGCACAUUUAUAACAAAUAAAAAAAUAAUU